AUGUACGUGGUACACCGCCAUCCCGUCGGCAACCCCAAUCAAGGAAUCAGACAAGGAGAAAUCCAGCCCUGGGAAACAAAGCAAAGACUAGGCUAUUUGGACAAGAACAGCAUGGAGGUAGCCAUCCAGGUGCUCAGAUCCCACAAUGUUCUGGAUUCCAGCCUGCAAGGGCCCGACGGAAAGAACUUGAUGUAUAAACCGUUGACGGCGCGCCGUCACACCCGCGAUCUCUGA